UUUUGGUGACGUCACGUCAACACAUACUCCUCAACUGCCGCGAACGCAACGUUUGAAAGCGCCGGCCGGGUUCACUGCAAGCUGGCGUCAGCGCGAAAACGGCGUUCGGCCAAGUUUAUUGAAACCUCGCUAGUCUUUCUGCAUUUGUGCUGUGUUUCGCCAGACAUCGACAAUCGAAGGACUUGAACAUGCAGCCCUCGUCACUUGCAACGUAGGUAGUCGUUCAAAAACCGCGAGGUCAGAUUUUUCGUCGUGUUUGUGGAAUGGUGCGUAACCCGAGCACGCGCUCGCAGGGACUAUUUUUGAGAUAACGCGGCACGCCGAACGUCCGCCCGACAACCGAUCUCAUAAUGGGGAUAAUGAAGGACGGCGACCAUGUCAUAACCCGCUUUAGGGAGGUGUGCGUGAGUUUGAACAUAAAUCCGGCCACCCGCGAUGAGGCCUUCCGUAUCUACGAGAGCAUCAGUAUGAACUACACGCUUGAAGGCAAGCAGUUCCACUGGAUCGCCUGCGCGCUCUACGUGGAGUGCCGCAACGGCAACACGCGGACUGUGGGCCACAAGUCUUGCGUGGCGGGAAACUGCGUCUCUCUCACGCGACUCUUGUCGACGUGCGACAUCAGCCUUCUGGACUUUUUCACGAAGAUGAAAAAAUGGGCCGACAUGACGAACCUGGACGACCUCAUGCGUCGCCGCCUCGAGACCAUCGAGAAGAGCUUCUGCGUCACCGCCAAGAUCUACGAGAAGUACACCGCCAUCUUCUCCGCCGUGUUCAAAGAACCCAGCCAAGAUGCCCCGAAGCAGGCGUCCACGGGGUACAAGAGGCGCACCAGCAAGCUUCCGCCGUGCACGUCCAGCGACGUGUUCAACUUCCUGUGGACUCUGUAUGUGUACAUCAAGGGACGUUUUUCCCAGAUCUCGUCGGACCUUGUCAACUGCUACCACCUGCUGCUUUGCUGCAUCGACUAUGGCUACUGCACCGCAGUGUCGGCGAAACGGACGGACCUCUUGAAUCAGGAUUUCUACACUUCUCAACUGGAGAAGGCAGGGGAAGACUGCGAUAACGAAGACGUGGGCAUCAUCCGAGAGCUGGUCAACAACCACGACGGAAGCUAUGAGGACGCCUCUGUGCUGAGGGCCCACCACUUCAAACGCCCCAUCGGAAAGUUGAUGGCUGAGAAUGUACUCCAGGGAGACAUCAAAACGUUGACGUUGAGUUUGGAGCCGUCCGCAUUUAACAAUAGCUCAAGGAAGCUGGACAAGACAUACGAGGAGCGCUUCCUCGAAGAAGGGGAACUGGACGAGCGCAUCUUCUUUGCAGACGACGCUCACGAACGGAUUGGCAUGCCCAGGCACUCUUUCGACACAAUGCAACGGAGACACAACAAUGGGCAAGGUGCCGUCGGCAAACUGAUAGAAGCGUCACAGCCUCGUACGCCCCUCACAGGACGGGGGAAUUUGUACAACCGGGAGGCGAUCAACCGAAGUCCCGUGUCGACUGCCACAUUGUGCGCUACGAAGUUGCAGACAUUGCUGGCGGACUGCAAGAACGCUCCAAGCAAAGAGCUGCUCACAUGGUUUGGAGAAUUCGAACCGACCCUCGAAACGAGCAUCGCAGAAACUGUCCGAGAGAUGGGGGGCAUCUUCGUCAAAGCAUACACUCAGCCUGCACCGGAGCAAUGCACAGUGGCUGCUGACACAGAGUUUGCACACAAGCGACUGCUGCUGGGUGAGACAUUGUUUUACAAGGUGCUGGAAAACAUCAUUGGCAUCGAAAAGAAACAGCAGAGGCCAAAUGCAGAGCUGUCUGCCCACCUGUGCCAUGGCAUCUUCCAACAGUCUCUCUUUGCAUGCUGCCUCGAGAUUGUCAUGUUCUGCUACAAUUCGCAGCGGGAGUUCCCCUGGAUCCUUGAGAUUUUUGACUUGGUGCCAUACAACUUCUACAAGAUCAUUGAGCCUCUCAUUCGCGCUGAGGAGGGACUCUGGAGGGAGGUGGUGAAGCAUCUGAAUCGAACCGAAGAGCAGAUUCUAGAGUGCCUUGCAUGGAAAGAGGAGUCGCCUCUCUGGGAGGCCAUCGAGCACUCCGCACAGUCCGUUCCAACCUGCAAAGAGGUGCUGCUUCCCCGGCAGAUUGCUGGCUUUCGAGAGGCCAGACCUGGCGAUGGGGCACUGCCUCGCCUGCCAGUGAGGAGCACAAAGCAGAUGGCGAAAGAGGAUGACAUUGUUCCUAAUGGGUCUCUGGCAGAAAGGCACGUAUCCAUAGCACGGAGGCCACUCUUUGCACCAAGCAGAGAAAGAGCUGGUUCCGAUAACUCUUCGAAAGAAUCUGACGCUGGUGCCAUGGACCAAAAGUGUAAGACGUCCAAGACAGUGCUCGUCUCAUUCAGCUACGUGCGAGAAAGUGCAUCGAGUGAAAGCAAGCUAAUGUUAAGCAAGAGCUUCAUGAGCAAUGGUGAGGAUUCCCAACCUGUUGCUAUGCCCAUGACAGAAGCCUCUGUGCCGGAACCUGUGAACUCUAUGAAAAAUGGUGAAACGCUCCAACCCUCUGACAUGCCCACUGUAGAAUCCUCUGUACCGGAAGUUGUUUCCUCCGCCUCAUGCCUGGAAACGACCAAAGACGGAAGGCCGGUGCGGUCUGGCUCGCUAGCGCUCUUCUUCCGGAAAGUGUACCACCUGUCAGCAGUUCGUCUUCAAGACCUCUGCGACAGGUUGAACAUCCUGGAUGUGGACGUCUGCCGUAAGAUCUGGACGUGCUUCGAGCACUCCAUCGUGAACCACACGGAUCUCAUGAAAGACCGCCAUCUGGACCAGCUCAUCCUCUGCGCCGUGUACGUGGUCACCAAGGUGACAAAGGUCAACAAGUGCUUCCAGGAGAUCCUCCAGUGCUACCGGCAGCAGCCGCAGACAAAGAGCCACGUCUACCGCAGCAUCCUGCUGCGCAAGAACGCCGGUCGUGGCAGUUCCUCCAACUCCAGCUCCCCGGUGACCAUCGAGAACGAAGACUGCAAUCCCCAACAACCGACACGGUCGUCAAGCACACUUGCACUGCUACCGCCAGACAGCCUCCCUCCCACGCCGACACGCCUCGCUGGCACGGCGACGCAGUUCGAGUUCGACGAACGCGGCGACAUCAUAAAGUUUUAUAACGAGGUCUACCGCAAGAGGAUGACUUCGUUUGCCACCAAGUUCUCGCCAGACGUGGCACAGGAUGAGUCCGUGCACCUGACUCCGCUGCCGCGUUUUAAGCCCUUGCUCUACUCUCCGCGGCGCAAGGUGUCUUACCACCGCGACGUCUUUGUGUCGACUCUCGAGGCCGGUUGCUACCGGCUCUCACCCAAGCACCACACAUACCACUUCAACGGCGAUAAACGGGGUCCUGGCAAGGACCUCCGCGAGAUCAACCAGAUGGUGCAGGGCGGCGAGAACGCGAGCAAGCGCAUCCUGCACGAAGACGCGUCAGACGAGGAUGCUCCUGAGGCCAAGCGGUGCUUCUUCGACAAGAUUCGGGCGGUGAUGCGGGAGAGGCAGGACGUUUGCGACAGCCUCAACGCCUGAUGGAGAAUGGCGCACUGCCGUCUUCGCCCGCUCUAUGUUUGUUUUAUCAUUUUAUUUAAGGUCUUGUCUGGUCUUACAUUUUUUUCUCUUUUAUUUAGCUUCUUUCUUUUUUUUAGUUUUCUUUCCAUGAGGCGGGACUUUUUUUUCCUGCCUGUGUGCAUCGUUGUUGUCGUUUCGUCCUCCACAUUCAAAAUGUGCUCAGCAGUUACUAAAUCUAACAUGUGUUUGCAGGCUCUGUCCCCUGCGAGCUCUUUCAUUCACGUCUGCAAACAAACGGAGUGAGUGAGAAAUGGGCCGCAAUGCAAUCUGUUUUCAUAGUCUAAUUUUAUUGAUGGAAGCUCUCUAACUCUGGGUUGUCUUUGUACCCACCGGGCAGUGAAGUUUGAUUUGAUAAGGGGUGCCAUCUUAUUUGAGAAUUUUGCAACUCGUGGCCGCAAUCUCAAACAUCUGAGCGCUCUGCUAAACUGUAAUGCAACGUUUGUGCCCUAUGGUUUGGUGGCACGGCCUGCCCGAAGUUGCCCUUUUUGGUAGCCAGCCGCCCUGACUAACAGCUUUCUGGACAAUAUAAAGGGUACGACUUCCGUUAAGACGCCAUUGAAGUUGCUAAAAGCAGACCAUUCAAAUGCCGAGGUUCUAAACGUUUUCAUUCAUUCGCAGUUUCAUGGCAGUUAAUCUUAAGAACACAAAUAUUGUAGCUGAGGGAUCUUUGGUUGCUCUUUUUACGUUGGUCAGGAAAACAUGCCUGUCCGUUAGUAGUGCAAAACUAUCGAUAGUCGCCAGGAAUUUGACUAUCAAUAGUAAAAAAAACUUUUGAUAGUCGACUAUCGAAAAACUUUCGAUAGUCGACUAUCAAAAAGCUAUGGAUAGUACUAUCAAUAGUGAACUAUUGGAAAAUUAUUGUUAAUCGGCUAUGGAUAGUCGACUAUCGUUAACCUAUCGAUAGUACUGUCGGUGGUUUUCUAUCGAUAGUUUUCCGACUCUAGUAGUUUGCGUCGCUCCCUCUUCUGUUUUUCUCGCUUUCUUUUUUCAAAUGGGGCACCAAAUAGCGUAAGCGCUUACCAUCUCAACUUUGGUUCAGCUUUCAGUGAUGACAAAGAGGGGAGUUUGGGCGAGCGGGUAGGGGCGGUGCGGCAACUGUGUUCGCUUCGCAAGCGAAUACUACUACAAACAAGUGGUUAAAAACUAUCGAUAGUCGCCAGAAAUCUGACUAUUGAUAGUAAAAAACAACUAUUGAUAGUACUAUCAAUAGUCGAAUAUCGAAAAACUAUCGAUAGUUUUGCAUUACUACUGUCCAAACUGUUCUCCAGGCGUUUCACAGGCACCCGUUAUGUUGCAUGCUCGUCUGUACUUUGAGGCUCUUUUAGUCAGGUGUAGGCUGACGGCAUGCAUAUUAUUUUCCUCCAACAUUGUUUUGCACGGUUUAUUUCUGGUCCUUGUCUCGACAAGAAUUUUAUCGUCCUCAUUAGGUUUGUCUCCGAAAAGAUUGUGGUGUUUGGGUUUGAAGUUUGCCGAGUUCGGUAUUUGGGUAUUGUGUGCCUCACACGCUGAUGCAUGGUGUUGGAUAUUCCGAUGGCUGUGUCCUCACCGCUCUGUGUCCUUGACCCCGGUAGUAACGGUGUAAGUGGUAAGAAUCUUCAGUUGCAGCGGCUACUGUGGUCAACUUGCAAAGACUGGAUCUGCUGCAACAACACCCGCAAACUUGGUUGCGGCCUUGUCUUCCAAACUGGCCCCGGGUGUUUUUGGUGCUGCAAAUAAAAUUGUUAAUUUCUUGAUGAUUUUUUUUUUUUUUUGCUGUAUUGAAAUUUUUGCAGCAAUGUUCACUCAUUGUUUUUGUUUGUCUAUUGCACAUUUUCACUAUGUGUUCAUUAGCGUGGUUUGGUAUGAAACCACGCGUGCUGUGACCUGAAGUGUGUUGCUCUGUCUGGGUGAAUCGAGGGUGGCAGCUUUUGAUUUAAGCAAAAUAAAAGGAACCUGUGUUGGGUA